CAUUAUAAAAUGACUUUAUGGUCAUUUUGUGUCCCUUUGAGUUGUUUUAUGUCAUUUUAUGUAUUUGUGAUCAUUUUGUGUCUCACUUGUCAACAUUUCUGUUUCUUUGAUCUUGUUUUGUGUCCCGACGACAAAGGGACAAAGACAGACAAAACGCGUUUUGUCUGUCUUUGCCCGUGUUUUGUGUCUCUUUGGUGUCAUUUUUCCUAAGAUCCAUUGCUUUGCUCUGCCUGCGAUCCAGGCUGUAUAAUCGAACACAGAUAACCGAGCAGUUGAUGUUGACGUGGUAGUGAUAUACCUUGAGGUUUUUGGUGGAAACAUUCAAAUACACAUGAAUAAAAGUUAGCAGAAACUGUUUGAUAACAGCGAGCAAUCAUGCUGGACUUUGCCAUCUUUGCUGUUACCUUUGUCAUCAUCCUGGUGGGCGCUGUCCUUUAUUUGUACCCGUCAUCCAGAAGGGCCUCUGGUAUCCCAGGUCUCAACCCCACAGAUGAGAAGGAUGGAAACCUGCAGGAUAUCAUCGACAGAGGCAGUCUGCAUGAGUUCCUCGUCGGCCUGCAUGAUGAGUACGGCUCCGUGGCCUCGUUCUGGUUUGGUGGUCGCCCUGUGGUCAGCUUGGGCUCCGUAAGCGAGCUUCAGCAACACAUCAACCCCAACCACGCUACCGACUCCUUUGAAACGAUGCUGAAGUCGCUGCUCGGCUACAAGUCCGGGAUGGGAGGUGGGGCCAGCGAGUCCAUCAUGAGAAAAAAAGUGUACGAAAGUGCCAUCAACAGCACGCUGAAAAACAACUUCCCGCUUGUGCUCAAGCUGGUGGAUGAGCUGGUGAAAAAGUGGAAGUCAUUCCCAGAGGGUCAGCACACGCCUCUGUGUGCCCACCUGCUGGGCCUGGCCAUGAAGACGGUCACCCAACUGGCUCUGGGCGAGCGGUUCGGGGACGACACUGAGGUCCUUGCCUUCCGCAAGAACCACGAUGCGAUCUGGUCAGAAAUUGGAAAGGGCUACCUAGACGGCUCCCUGGAGAAGAGCUCCAGCAGGAAAGCGCACUAUGAGAAGGCUCUGUCAGAGAUGGAGUCUUUGCUGUUGUCUGUGGCGAAGGACAGGAAAGCCCAGAGGAAGCAGGCGGUGUUUGUGGACGCUCUGCUGCAGUCCAACUUCACAGAGCGACAGAUCAUGGAGGACUGCAUGGUGUUCACUUUGGCUGGAUGUGUCAUCGCUGCGAACUUGUGUAUCUGGGCUCUUUACUUCCUGUCCAAUUCAGAGGAAGUGCAGGACAAGUUGCACCAGGAGCUGGAGGACGUAUUGGGUUCUGAUCCGGUUUCCCUCGACAAGAUUCCUCAGCUCAGAUACUGCCAACAGGUCCUGAACGAGACGGUGAGGACUGCCAAGCUCACCCCCGUCGCGGCUCGGCUUCAGGAAGUGGAGGGCAAAGUCGAUCAGCACGUCAUCCCCAAAGAGACGUUGGUGAUUUACGCCUUAGGAGUGGUUCUACAAGAUGAGGAAACCUGGAGCAGCCCUUACAGGUUUGACCCAGAUCGAUUCGAGGAAGAAUCGGCCAGGAAGAGCUUCUGUCUGCUCGGAUUCUCAGGGAAUCAGACGUGUCCAGAGCUCAGGUUUGCCUACACUGUGGCUACGGUCGUCCUCAGCACGUUGGUGCGGCAGCUGAAGCUCCACCGACUGAAGGGGCAAGUGGCCGAGAUCCGAUCCGAGCUGGUAUCCGCUCCGAAGGACGAAACCUGGAUCACCGUCAGCAGAAGAAGCAGCUAAAACAAAGAUUUAGAGAAAACGAUGAAGAGCAAAGAGCAACACAUUUAACAUCACUGAAUGAAAUUACCAGCAGAGUAUUCCCUGUUAGACGUCAUCGUAGUUCCCCAUCAUGAUGCCAGUAGUUUGGACUGACACUCUUAAUUUGUAGGAUUUUAAAGGCUGUUUCACCCACCUUGUACCACCACUGAGGCCUUAAGCAUGACAUUAGCUUUUUCCACUCACAGGUUUAGUUUGUCGAACGCUUCCUGUCUCUUCAGGGAGGGAGGCUCGACGAGUAAAGCUCUGUGACGGCGAGAAAAAUGACUUGCGCUGCUAAAACUUUGUGUUUUCAGAACAGCUGGUUAGAGUCAGAGGGCUUGUUUGUGUCUGUGAAAAUGAACCAAGCUGCAUUUACAUUUCAUUCCUUUUUUUUUUUUUUUUUUUUU